AUGAGGACCACCAAACCUCAUCGUAUCAUCUUGCGCCUUGCCCGCAAGAUGAGGACCACCAAAUCUCAUCGUAUCAUCUUGCGUCUUGCCCGCGGAAUCGCUGAGCAGCGCGAGGCCGCUCGCCCGCAAGCAACCACCCCCUCGUCCAUCCAAGCCGUUAGCGCCACGCAGCACGACGCUCUCUUCGCCAUGCUCGAAGAGGAGGAGCGCCAAGAGGAGGCCCGCAUGGCCAAAAUAGCGAUGAAGAUUGCGGUAAAUAUCCUGAUGUCUCCUUCCAAACGCUUGCUCAAGGAGGGUAAUGACAACGACGACAACGAUGACAAUGAUGAUGAUGAUGAGGAGGUGGCCGAAGAGGCCGAAGAGCAGGAGGUGGCCAAAGAGCAGGAGGUGGCCAAGGAGGAGGUGGUGGUGGCCAAGGAGGAGGAGGUGGCCGAAGAGCAGGAGGUGGCCAAAGAGCAGGAGGUGGCCAAGGAGGAGGAGGUGGCUGAGGAGGAGGGGGAGGCCAAGGAGGCCAAGAAGGCCAAGGAGGAGGUGGUGGCCAAGGAGGUCAAGGAGGAGGGGGAGAAGAAGGGUACCAAUGAUGAUGAGGAGGAUGAUGAUGACAAUGAGGAGGAGGGGGAGGCCAAGGAGGAGGAGGUGGCCAAGGAAGCCAAGGCGGAGGAGGAGGUGGCCAAGGAGGAGGGGAAGGAGAAGGAUACCAAUGAUGAUGAGGAGGAGGAUGAUGAUGAUGAGGAGGAGGAGUAG